GUCGAUGUUACCGUGUGUUGUACCGCGUGUUGGUGUUUUAUAUCCGUAGCUUUCCACUCUGAACUCAUUCCCUCCUUUCUAUCCCUACUAAAACACUCCAAGUAAAACUUCUGCGGCCGGGUUCCCUCCCACAUGGAUCCUCACGUUAAAGACGCUUUUCGAAGAGAAGAAAUGGACGAAAGCACGUCCAAGAAAUACGAGCUGGGCGGCAAAAUCAUGCUCAGCGCCAUCGUCAUUCUGUUCGCCGUCGUUGUUUUCAUUGCCGCACUGCACCUCUACGGCCGCUGGUACAUCCUGCGCCAGCGCCGCCGCGACCUCCGACGCAGGCGCAACCGCAACCUCCACGCCCAGAUCGUGUUCUACAUUGACAACAAUGAUCCCGCUGUCGCUCACUCUGCCAACCGCGGCCUCGAUCGGGCAGUGAUUGAAUCGCUCCCAGUUCUCGAGUAUUCCCCCGCGAACCGGGUCGGUUUGACGGAGUGCGCCGUCUGUUUGUCGGAGUUCGAGGAUAACGAGAAAGGCCGGCUUUUGCCCAAGUGCAAUCACACUUUCCACAUCGAAUGCAUUGACAUGUGGUUCCACUCUCACGCCACGUGCCCGCUGUGCCGGACUCCGGUCGAAGCGUUCACCGAACCGGAGGAGACCACCGUUACAGAGACCGAACCAGCCGCCGGAAACGGAACCGGAUCGGGUAGUACUUCUGAGUUCUGCAUAGAUGAAAACACCACUACGACGUCGUUGGGUUCACGGAGAAAGGGGUUUGAUUUCACGGCGGUGAGGUUACAGGUGCCGACUCGGAACGAGUUGAAUCCCGAGUUCGAGCAGAGCUCACCGGCGAGUUACGCGUUCAGAUCGCCGGGGAGUCGGCUGAUGUCGCUGAAGAACAUACUGAGCAUGAACAAGAGGACCUCGAGUGGGCCCAGCACCCCGCUGCCGGUGUCCACCGAGUUGGACUUGGAGUGCGGCGGCCGCGUCAGCGAGUCGACCCGGAGACGGACACCGAGGUGACAGCCAACGUUCGCCGUUAGUUCAGACGUAGUACUAUAAAAUUUUGUUUUGAAAAAGUCAAGGCGGCGGCAUGUGGGGUUUGAACACAAUGUUUGACUCUUAUUCCCGAAAUUAAACACAGCCAUGCUGAAUAACGUGGGCGGGCAACUCAAGAGUCCGUGACCGUUGGAUCAUUACACGUGGCGUUAGAUGAAUUCAUGGAAACGCGGCAGUGUAGGUGACGGAGGAAACAUGUUCACGCACCAAGACGUGUAUCACCGGCGAGUUUGACUUGUAUAUUUGGAUCGUAUCGUACUUUCUCAGUCGGUCACCAAAUUCGUAGAGAAAUACUGUACACCGUAUAUUUAUUAAAUUAAAUUUCUUAUUUUUAGCGAAAUCGCAAGUUACGCCCUAAUUUGAUGGUAUUGGUCUGAACAUGUUUACUUAAUUGGUUCUUAAAUAGUUAAAUGUGGUUAGCACAGUAAUGUUAUCAAAGUAAGAUGCUAUACUGUGUGUUUGUCGCUUAAUUACAACCAUGAUUAAUUAAACUCGUGACUCACAUGCA